AUCGCCGCCGCGAUGUACCAACUGUACAGAGUGAAAAUGCAACGUCGAAUCCAGAGUCCAUUGGAUUCGAAUGUGCCAGAGUAAACCCAGUGAAUAAGCCGGAAACCCCUCCCAUUCCACUGUUGAUCCGAUAUAGAGUAUUCGCCCGAGCCUUCUCUCUCCACUACCCCACGGCGGCAGUCCGCCCGUGACUGUACCAUGAGGGCUCACUCGCUGCUUAUCUAACUCCCCAGCAGUUGGUUGGUAGUUAGACUUUUAGCUCCCCCAGCGCUUUGGCGCGGCCAGCGUUGCCGGAACACGUCGCAAUUGAAUGACGUAUGCUAUAUAGCUCCGCAGCUGUAACUAUUCUCGCGAUGCCCCACGAACUUCACACACGCACUGACACCAUCACAUCGCGAUGAAGCCCUCCCGCCGCCCGCGCAAGCGUGUCGCGGAACGUCAGCCACUUCUUUCGACCGUCCCUCUCUCCGCCGCACCCACGCGCUAUCCCAGCACGCGCUCCCGCACCCUUCGCCGCGGCGUUACCGUGUUGCUCAGCAUUGGGCUCUCGUACCUAUUUCUAAGCCUGCUCUUCCCAUCGCUCCCGCCAUUCGGCGUUCACUCCACUGCCUUCAUCAAGAGCCAGCAGAAUGCGCGCGCGCACUCAAGCCGCAUGCCGCUUGCGAUGCUGGAGGAGCUGAUGCUGCUGACGCCGCGGGAGGAGAUGGCGCGGAAGCAUUCGCAGUACUACACUAGCGGGCCGCAUCUGGGCGGCAAGAAUUACUCCCAGGCACUGUGGACCCAGGCGAGGUGGAUCGAGUAUGGGAUUCCCGAAGUCGAGAUUGUUACUUAUGAGAUUUAUGCGAAUUAUCCGAGGGGGCAUAGGUUGGGGUUGUUGAGGGAGGUGGAAGAUGGCAAGGAGGUGCAAAAGAGAGAGAUCAUUGAUGGCACACAUUACGAAUUGAUGUAUGAGGCCGGGCUGGAGGAGGAGGUGCUGGAGGAUGAUCCGACUACGGGUCUGGAGGAUAGGAUUCCGACGUUUCACGGUUACAGUGCGAACGGAAACGUUACAGCGGAGUACAUAUUCGCCAACUACGGGACCUACCAAGACUUCGAAGACCUGCUCACGCACGGCGUGAACCUGACCGGAAAAGUAAUCCUCUGCAAAUACGGCCACAUCUUCCGGGGUCUCAAAGUGAAGCGUGCGCAAGACCUCGGAGCCGUCGGAGUACUCAUCUACUCCGACCCGGGCGAUGACGGCAACAUCACCGAACUGAACGGGUACGAAGUGUACCCCGACGGCCCCGCGCGGAACCCGCAUUCAGUGCAACGGGGCAGCGUCCAAUUCCUCUCCUUCGGGCCAGGGGACCCAACGACGCCCGGUUACGCCAGCAAGCCGGGCGUAGUCCGACAAGACCCCAGCCCUUUUAUCCCGUCGAUCCCGUCACUCCCCAUCUCCUACGUCGACGCACUGCCGCUGCUCUCGGCACUCAACAGCCACGGGCCCAACUCGAGUGAUCUGGGCGCGCACUGGCGCACCGGCGGCCUGUACCACAAGAACGUUACGUACAACAUCGGUCCUGCCCCAGGCGUGGUACUCAACCUCGUCAACGAGGUCGACUACGAGAUCACGCCCAUGUGGGACGUCAUCGGCCGGAUCCCCGGGCACAUAAGCGACGAGACCGUGAUCCUCGGGAACCACCGAGAUGCCUGGAUCGCCGGCGGCGCCGGCGACCCCUCAAGCGGCAGCGCCGCCCUUUUAGAGAUCGCGCGCAGCUUCGGGAAGAUGUUCCAUGCCGGCUGGAAGCCCACGCGCUCCAUCCUCCUCGCAUCAUGGGACGGGGAGGAGUACGGUUUGCUGGGCAGCACCGAAUGGGUCGAGGAGCACCGGGCCACACUUCACACGCACGCACUCGCGUACAUCAACGUUGACGUUGGCGCGCGCGGCAGCGCGUUCUUCGCCGCCGCCAACCCGCUGCUGCAUUCGCUUUUGCGCAGCGCGACCGCGCGGGUCGCGGAUCCCGACGCGGCGGCGGAGGGGCGGUUUAACAUCAGCGUGAGGGACCGGUGGAGUGGUCGCAUCGCCCCGCUGGGCUCAGGGAGUGAUUACACUGCGUUCCAGGACCACGUCGGCAUUCCGUCCGUGGACAUGGGGUUCCGUGAAGCCAAAGGGGGGCCGGUGUACCACUACCAUAGCAACUACGAUAGCUUCCGCUGGAUGGAACGCUACGGUGACCCCGGGUUUGCGUAUCAUGUCGCUAUUGCAAAGAUCUGGGGCCUCGUGGCUCUGCGAUUGGCAGAGGAGCAGAUCGUACAGUUCAACGCGACGGAUUACGCCCUCGCCCUACAGGGCUACUUGGACGCCAUUAUCGCGGAGGUCAACUCCACUUCCACCCCGCCCCCCGCCUCCCCCACCCCCCCAACGGCACACCACCCAACCCGCGCCACCCUCCUGCACACCCUGCACCACCUCUCCUCGACCCUCCACCACUUCACCCAUACAGCAGCGCGCUUCGACGCCCGUGCCGCCCACCUAUCCCACGAACUCUCGCAGCCCCCAAGUACAAUCCCGUGGUGGCGCCGCUACCUUCUCUACAUCCGCGCGCGCGCAGUAAACACGCGGUACAAAUACCUCGACCGGGCGUUUAUCCACCCGCCCGGGCUCGAGGGCCGCCCGUGGUUUCGACAUGUAGUAUAUGCGCCCGGGAAGUGGACGGGGUACGCGGGGGAUACGUUUCCGGGGCUCAGGGAGGCGGUGAAGGAAGGGGAUUGGCAAGCGGCGGUUAGGUGGGCGUGGGUUAUUAGGGCGGCGGUGGAGGGGGCGGGGUGUGAGUUGGCUUGAGAUCUUCAUUUUUUUGUUUUAGGGGGAGGGAGUAAAGGGAGUUGUAGUACCGAGGAGGGGAGAGGGAGGGGGUGAUACCUUAUGCAGCAGAGAGUGCGAAAUUUCAUGAAUGAUGUUGACGACGAUGAUGUACACGAACAGUCGCAGUCACAGUAGCGAGAUCAAGAGCAGAAGCAGGAGCAAUUUACCAAC